CAGCUGGCACGCUCGACGGACCCAAAACCUCCAACAGGCUACGCCGUCGCAGGCUCCAUCAGUUUCUGUGUCUACUUGACGAGAUGUCGUGGCUGCUGGUAGCCUUCAGCGCCCUGGGCGCCUUGUUCGUUGCUCAAUCUGUCAGCUCCUUCUUGCGCCUUCGGCACAUCUCUGGUCCACGAUGGGCGGCAUGGACCAAUUUGUGGAUGGUCGUCAAUCAGCUAAGUGGACGAAUGCACCUCGUCCUACAUGACCUGAUCAAGACGCAUGGGCCUAUUGCAAGAAUUGCCCCAAACUGGGUCGUAUGUGGCGAUCCUUCUGAGCUGCGACGGAUGUGGGCAGUGCGCUCGCCAUGGACGAGGUCGUGGUGGUAUCGUGGCAUGCGCAUUGAUCCGUACAGAGACAGCUCGUUUUCCACAAUUGAUGACAACCUCCACAACGCGAUACGCAACAAGAUAUCUCCCGGCUAUGGAGGCAAGGAUGUGGACGACGUUCACCAGCUCAUCGACGACCAGGUCAAGAACCUCAUCAGCUUGAUUGACAAGCACCUAUCCCAAACCAGCCGUGCCGGCGUCAUCGACCUAGCAGAGAAGAUACAAUACUUCUCCCUCGAUGUCAUCUCGUCUCUCGCCUUCGGCAAGACAUUCGGAUACAUGGAGCUCAAUCAAGACAAGUUUGGAUACAUCGAGAUGGCCGGCAAGACCGUCUACAUCCUCGUCUCCACCACGCUCAUACCAGGCGUCAUAUCCUUGAUGCAGUCGCCUUACCUGCGCUGGCUCGUACCCAGCGUCAAGGACAUGGGCGGCAUAGGCGACAUUAUUCGCUUCGCUGAAGACGUUGUUGCCCAGCGCUUCGGCGACGACCCUGUUGUGAAGCGGGACAUGUUGGGGUCCUUGGUCACGCAUGGCCUCAGCCAGAAGGAGACGGAAUGCGAGGCAUUGGUGCAGAUGAUUGCCGGCUCGGACACGACCGCAACAGCUAUCCGGUCGACUAUUUUAUUCAUCAUCACGUCGCCGCAUGUUUACAUGAGGCUGCAAAGCGAGAUUGACGCAGCGGCAAAGGAAGGGCGCAUCUCGGCGCCCAUCACCCACGCAGAGGCCCAGAACUUCGAAUAUCUGCAGGCCGUCAUCUACGAGGGGCUGCGACUCUGGCCGCCAGCCGCCGCUCUGUACCCCAAGGUCUGCAAGACGGACCAGGUCCUGUGUGGCAUCACCAUCCCCGCCGGCACCAAUGUGGCGUGGUCUCCAUGGACCAUGAUGCGCACCAAAGAAGUCUUUGGGGACGACGCCGACGUGUUCCGCCCGGAUCGCUGGCUCGGACCCAAUAAGACGAAGCAGAUGGAGCAGACUGUGAUGAUGGCCUUUGCCGGUGGCAGCAGAUGGGAGUGUCUUGGCAAGAACAUUGCCAUGAUUGAGCUCAACAAGGUCUUUGUCGAGCUCUUUCGACGAUUCGACUUGACGCUGGUAGAUCCGACGAAUCCUUGGAAGUCGUUCAACGCGGGCCUGUUCAGCCAGAGCAAUCUGAACGUGCAAGUUGCGUGGCGGCCAAACCCUUCAUGAACAAGCCCGUGGUUUCAAGCUGUGAGCUAUCGAAGUCGUGUUCCAGCCGUAUGCUUUUCAUCAGGGGUAAAAAUGAGUUAAUGGUUCUUCCUUCUAUCCUGUAAGAACUGAGGCUUCAUACUGCCGAUACUCCCAUCUCAGUAUAUUGCUACAGCGUUCGUCACACAUCAGGAGGACUAGGUUGCCCAAAGUCUCGGCCGCUAACAAUCGCGGCGCGACAGUAUGAGCGGACGCUGCGAAGCCUUGUAGGCACCACACUAUCCCUCUUACCUCCACUCAUCGUCGAGCGUUUCCGCAGCAUUACACUCCUUGCCCGUCUUCCCGCUCCUGUUCGGGUCGCUCUCCCACGUCACAUCGCCGUUGCCG